CCAACUAUUGAGCUACACUGGGCCGAACGUUGUUUCAGUCAUGCAGAAGCCCAUUUUCGCUUACUUUGUUCAAUCUCUGAUCCCUCACAAUUAAGACUUACUGCUAUAGAUGAUACCAUAUUCCACAAAUAUAUGGAGGAGUUUAGUGACGUACAAUUAAACGUUAUUUUCGAAGAUUCUCUGAAAUCAGCGCAAUCGAAAAUAGUAAGUUUGUUAUCAGUUAACAUUAACUACGCAUAA